AUGACGACGACGACGACGACGACGGGGUCCGCGCCCGCGGGGUUCGCGCGACGCGUCAAGCGCGCGCUCGGCGUGCGCCUGAGCGACGUCGUGGGGACGACGACGACGACGCGCGACGGCGAAGACGACGCGGGCGGCGACGGCGACGAGGGCGAUGGCGAGGGCGGGACGACGCGCGCGCGAUCGGUGGACCUGGCGACGUGCGCGCGAGCGCUGAGCGAGAUACUGCCGCUCGGCGCGCACGGAGCGACGACGUCGUCGGUGAACCUGCGGGCGACGGUGGAACGGCGCGGGUUGGCGCUCAACGAAAGAUUUCUCGACGAAUCCAUGCGAGCGCGAACGAAACUGAGUCAAGUGGAGGCGACGUUAGAGGCGUUGGACGGCGCGCGAGAACGCAUGCGAACGGCGCUGGAGACUUCGAAACAAAAGACGUCGUCGCUGUUGAGAGAAACCGCGCGGGCGAAGGAGGAGUUGAGCGUCAUCGAAUCGAGACGCGAGCUCGUGAACUCGUUCGCCGUCGAUUUUCAGUUGACCAAGGCGCACGUGGACGCGCUGACGACGGUGGAGAACGCGAGCGGGGAGAACACCGAGGGCGCAUCCACCGCGGCGACGGCGGCGCCGACGCUUCCGUCGGUGUUUUUUCAAGCGCUCGAGCGCGUCAAGGUGAUUCAAGGCAACUGCGCAAAGUUGGCCAACACCGAUCAACAGCGCGCCGGUUUAGAACUGAUGGACGUCAUGACGUCGUACAUGGAAACGGCGCACGAAAAAAUGCGUCGCUGGGUCGUCGCGAAGUGUCGCUUACUCGCCGAAGAAGACGAUUUCGUCACCGAGGGCGACGAGCGCGCCCUGCGCAAAGCGAUGAGCGCGUUGCGCUUACGUCCGACGUUAUUCAAGGCUUGCGUGGAAGAGGUGACGCGUACGCGUCACAACGCGCUGUUUCGUCGAUUCAUCACCGCUCUCACGCGCGGUGGCGCGGGGACGAAACCGAUAGAAGUGCACGCGCACGACCCGUUGCGGUACGCGGGCGACAUGUUGAGCUGGGUGCAUCAAGCCGUCGCAGGAGAAAAGGAAUUUUGCGGUGUGAUUUUCACGGACGAAGCGAUUGAAGGCGACCAAGACGCGUUCGAUCCGUCGAAGGAGAUGCUGUCGAAAGUUUUCGACGCCAUCUGUAGACCUCUAAAGGUUCGAGUUGAGCAGAUUCUCGCGAGCGCGAGCGCGCUGGAGGGCGGCGUGAUGACGGCGUACAAGUUGGCAAACUUGUUGCCGUUUUAUCGCAAUCUACUCGGAGAAUUGCUCGAACGCGACGCAACGAUCACAAAAACCGUGAGCGAUUUGUGCGAGAGCGCGAAGACGUCGUUCGCGGACGCGGUGGCGCAACACGGCGCUAAAUAUAGGAAACUUUCGCUCGCGCCGAACGCGCUCGCGGGCGAAGACGCGUUCUCGCCUCCUGCGGUAUUGCGCGAGGGCGUGGCGAGCGCGAUCGAGCUUCUCGAAUCCGUCGCAACUUCGUCGAGCACGGCGAGCGGCUCGGACGCCGAAGCGCGCGAACUUUUGGCGUUGGGCGUGAACGGAGUCAUCGAUCCAAUCGUCGGCGCCGUCGAAGCCGCGGCGUCUCGCGCGACGGAACAAGCGCGAAGCGUCAUAGGCUCGAGCGGACCGAAGUGGUCGGGACACGCGUUCGCGCUCAACUGCUUGCACGCCAUACGUGAGCCUCUGCGUUCGCACGCCGUGGCUGCGGCGAAAGUGGACGAACUCUCUCGCGCCAUCGCGAAGAGGGUGAGCGACGUCGCCGACGGCGAAGCUGGAACGUUGCUCGCGUCGUGCGGUCUGAACGACGCGCUCGAAUUGGUGGUUUUGUAUCAAGAGCAACACGGCGCGGGUGACUCCGUCAUGGCGAAAGAUCCCGCGUUGCAGAUUGACAAGCUCGCCUCGGCGCUCUCGACGCUCGUCGAUUCGGCGGGAACGAACGCUCCGGAGUUUAACGAGAUUCAAGCUCCUUCGAUGCGAGGCGACGUCGUUUCGCGAUACAACGACAAGUUGAUCGAAGCGUACACGCGAGUGUACGCCGCGAUUUUGAACCCGUCUUCAGGAUACGGCUCGGACGCGCGUUCAAAGGUUCGCCACGGCCCCGCCGCGUUGAGCACCGUACUCGGUUAA